AUAGCCUAUGCGAUAACGUUCCAUUCGAAUACAUUUUCCCCCUUCGCCUAGGACGAGCCUCAUCUGGAAAAUAAUAGACUCUGAGCAGUAUGUCACGGUGUCAAAGAAAGAAGCCGGAAUAAACACGCCCCCGUCCCGGAAGUGAGCGGCUCCUGGCGCGGUGCAUUGUGGGGGGCGUAGUCCUCCUUUCCAGGCGGUCCUUCGCGGCGUCCCCCCAGCCGACUCCGGAGCGCAGGCGGGCAGCCGGGUGGGUAGCGCGGCGCGGGCGGCCCGCAAGCAUAUUCUGGGCACGGGCCCCCCGCCCGGGAGGACUGCGCCGGGCCGCAGUAGUAAGAGACCUCUAAGGGCCUCGCGCGUCGCCGCCCGUCGAGGAGCUGAGGCGGGGGCCAGACCCGGCCGUCGAAGAGAGCAAGAGGCCGGUGGGCCGGGCCGCGCGUCGCAGCCAUGCCUGGCUUUACGUGCUGCGUACCGGGCUGCUACAACAACUCACACCGGGACAAGGCGCUGCACUUCUACACGUUUCCCAAGGACGCUGAGCUGCGACGCCUCUGGCUCAAGAACGUGUCCCGUGCUGGAGUCAGCGGGUGCUUCUCCACCUUCCAGCCCACCACGGGCCACCGUCUUUGCAGCGUUCACUUCCAGGGCGGCCGCAAGACCUACACGGUGCGCGUUCCCACCAUUUUUCCGCUGCGCGGCGUCAAUGAGCGCAAAGUAGCGCGGAGACCUGCGGGAGCUGCGGCAGCCCGCCGUAGGCAGCAGCAGCAGCAGCAGCAGCAACAACAACAGCAGCAGCAGCAGCAACAACAGCAGCAACAACUGCAGCAGCCGUCUCCGUCCUCCUCCACUGCCCAGACCACCCAGUUGCAGCCGAACCUGGUGUCUGCCUCUGCAGCCGUGCUUCUUACCCUUCAGGCCGCUGUAGACAGCAGCCAGGCUCCGGGAUCCGUGGUUCCGGCGUCCACCACUCCCGCGGGAGAUGAUGUGAAGCCCAUCGACCUUACAGUGCAAGUAGAGUUUGCAGCUGCUGAAGGCGCAGCCGCCGCCGCUGCCGCAUCAGAGCUGGAGGCUGCUACAGCUGGGCUGGAGGCUGCUGAGUGCACUCUGGGCCCUCAGCUGGUGGUGGUAGGGGAAGAGGGCUUUCCUGAUACUGGCUCCGAUCACUCGUACUCCUUGUCGUCAGGUACCACGGAGGAGGAGCUCCUGCGCAAGCUGAACGAGCAGCGGGACAUCUUGGCCCUGAUGGAAGUGAAGAUGAAAGAGAUGAAGGGUAGCAUCCGCCAUCUGCGUCUUACCGAGGCCAAGCUCCGUGAAGAACUUCGUGAGAAGGAUCGCCUGCUUGCCAUGGCUGUCAUCCGUAAGAAACACGGAAUGUGAAUGGUUCCCGCCAGCAACCUGCAGAAUUCGUGACUCCUUCCAGCCCGAGGAAUCCUCAGGCGGAUGUUGAACUGCCCAGUAUUCUGGUUGACAGUGCUGAGGUUAGGGCAGCGAACUCUUGUUGGUCAUCGGCUGCCACCCUCAUUUGUUUCCUUCUGAAGUAGGAGUUGGGGACUCCAGAAUCUGGUGACACCAGCAAUUAUGACUUUGUCUCUCACUCCCCAGUUAAUGUUGCAGAUUCUGGUUAAGCAAAGGCUUCAGAACCAUUGAACUUAAACCUUAUCCUGGAGGGAUGCAGAUGGGACUCUUAGGGUUUGGGUUUGAGAAAACCACAUCUUAAGGUUGCCCAGCAAUCAGAGACAGCUUUGCUGUGUGUAGUGAUAAGAGAUCUCAGUCACACCAUUUCUCCUUUUCAUGCUUAUCCGUUUCAGGUGCAGCCUGUGAUUCUGAUGGGGACUAGUUGAUCUGUGCCUCUGCCUCCUAGGACCUCUCUUCCCAGAAGGUCAUUUAUGAGAGGGCUCUGGGUGACUUGCUGAUGGAGAUCCAGCUUACCAGGGACUUAGGUUUAUCUCGUUAUGUUUGCUACUGGUUACAAAUUCUAUUUUCUGUACAAUUAGACUAAAGUUUUCACUGUGUUUGUUUGGCAAAACAAAUUAAACAAAAAAAGUAAGGUUUUUAUUUGGGUUUCGACAUUUUAUUUUAUGAAAGCUAAGCGUCCUUGAAAUAUGGGGGAUAUAGGUCUUGGCCUAUUUGGAAGAACAGGCUAGCCCUGCAAGUAGAGAUGCUUUGCAGAGGCAGGGGGAAUCUUUGAGUUCAAGGCCAGCCUGCUCCACAAAGUGAGUUCCAGGACAGCCAAAGCUACAC